AUGGCUCAUAUGUUGAGAGGAGCUUCUUCAGUCAACUUGGAGACUGAGAGCGUUGGUGGCUGUUCCAAUACAACCAGCGCUGCUUCCGAAAUGCGUCUUAAGAGCAACGUCAGGACUCUAUAUGAGCGUAUGCAAGCAGCUCUGCGUCAUGGCAGACGGAAGCAGAAACGUGGGCUGGAAAUUUCUGGGCCAUUUGAUCUUAAAAAGGAGCCCGUUUUGCUCCCCGGCAUUUCUCAAGAAGAACUCUGUAUUCUUCGAGAAAAAGCUGCCGCUAGUCAGAUCGGUGUUGCAGAAGACUCCAUGUUUCCGGACCCGUCGUCAAGCCUACCUCGGCCAAUACGUUCCCGAUCUCCUUAUCGGAGCCCUUCGCCGUAUUCGAUUGUCUCUGUUCAGCAGCAGUCGAACUGA